AGAGUGUGUCUAACCUUCAGAAUAAAAACGAUAGGCAAAUCCCUGUCGCAACGCUCUUGAGCUCAAAGUGAGCUGCCGAGCUCUGAGUGACGGGCCAAGGCGGCACCGCAUGCUUCCUAUUCCGGCCAAUGACAUUGUUAUAAUAAUAAAAAAUACAAGACGCCUUCAAUGCCUCAUCCAGAGACGGCCAGAAUCACCUGAAUGUGUCCAGCACCGAUUCAGCCGUGAAAAACUCACUCUCAUCGGCCUCAAGUUUGGACGUCUGAGCUCAUGCCAUCCCACCAAUGCCCGCUUAAACGCAUAUCGCCAAGUGGGGGAACCAAAAAGAGAUCCGGGCUUGUUACCCUGGAGCUAGGCCUAAGGGCUGGCUUCAUAUCCACAUUCUGCUUCAUCGCCUCAACAUUAAUCGGAUUGGCGAGAUGGCCGAGUUGGUUAUGGCGUCAGGUUAAGGCUACCUUAACAGCAAUUCCUGGUGGAGCAAUCCGCGUGGGUUCGAGUCCCACUCUCGUCAGAUUCAUUUUUUGUCGUUCAUUGACAAAUGGUGACUAUCACAUCGUUUUCUCUUUUUUUGGUAUGUGUAAAAUGUGUGGUAUGAGUGUGCUUUUAGACGAUAUAAACCUCCCAACAACAUCCUGUAAAGUUCAUAUGUACAGAUCCAAUCUCAAAUAUGACGGCCUACCUAUAAAUCAUAACCCAAGUGCUAUGCAAUCCGUACCUGACUCCGAACAAUGCAAUCAAACGCCAGUCAUAAACAGAUCAUGAGUCAUGCUCAUGGCCUUCAUCCAAUAGUCACUUAACCUGGACUCAGAUUAACCACCU